GUGCACUUGGUUUAGAAGACCUAUUCUAGUGUCAAGAUGGUUCAUCGGGAUCAGGGGAAGAUGGUGCAGGAGGUGGCCGCGGACGUUGGACUUGUGGCGCCGCCGAGCAGGUACGUGCUAAGUGAGGAGAACCGGCCGAUCACCGUCGCACAGCAGGCCAAGCUUGUCAUCCCAAUCGUGGACGUGAGCCGUCUGGCCAUGCCCGAUGAUGUUGAGGAGGCGGCCAAGCUUCGCUCUGCGCUCCAGUCAUGGGGCCUCUUUGUGGUGACCGGCCAUGGCAUGACAAAGGAGUUCCUGGACGAGAUCCUCGAGGCGACGAGGAAGUUCUUCCACCUGCCGUUGGAGGAGAAGCUGAAGUGUGGCAACGUGAUCGACGGCGUCAAGUUCCAGAAUGAAGGGUAUGGCAUCGACCGCAUCGACUCCGACGAGCAGAUCCUCGACUGGUGUGACCGGCUCUGGCUCCAGCUCCAGCCGGAGGACGAGAGGCGGCUGCAGUUCUGGCCACAGAAUCUAAGGGAUCUCCUACAUGAAUACACCCUAGAGAGUGGGAGAGUGACUAUGGAUGUGCUGAAGGCCAUGGCAAAGCUUUUGAACCAGGAGGAGGGCUUCUUCAUCAACAUGGUGGGUGAGAGGUUCAAGUCAUACUCGAGGUUCACCUACUACCCUCCCUGCCCACGCCCGGACCUCGUGAACGGGCUGAAGCCGCACACCGACAACUCCGUCAUCACACUCCUCCUCAUGGACAAGGACGUCGGCGGCCUCCAGGUGCUCAAGGACGGCCACUGGGUUGAUGUCCCCGUGCUCGGUAAUGACCUGUUGGUCGUCGUAGGCGAGGGCAUGGAGAUCGUCAGCAAUGCAAUAUUCAAGGCGGCAUGGCACCGCGUGGUGACGAGCGCCGACAAGGAGAGACUGUCACUGGCGAUGUUCUACCAGCCAGAACCGGAGAGGAUCAUAGGGCCGCCGGGGGUGCUAGUUCACGAGAAGCGUCCGGCCAUGUUCAAGAAGUGCCUGGUCCAGACCUUGGCCGAUGGAUACUGGGAUGCGUUUGCAGCGGGAGAUCGCACCGUCGACUUCCUCAAUGUCAGGAUCAAUGCUGAGGCCGAUGCCGAACUGGAGGGGCGCGCGGUGGUUGCAAACAACUAACUAAUUUGCUGUAGGGAGUGAGUGCAUGAUGUUCCUCUCUCCCACCCAUAAGUGUAGUGUGAAUAGGAAUUGAUCGAUGUACUUCGUAUAUGAUCACCUCGAUGGAAUAAAAUAAAUAGCCAAGUGCACAACCGGUGCUUAAACUUGAUUAAAA